GUUUCGAUCUAUCGAGCGGCGCUUUGGACCGUCUGGUUACGGUGCGGUUUAUUCAGUGUCAGUGCUGCUCUCGGCAUGCUCGGCGAUCGGUGGAUAAGGUGAUUUGCUCGUGGAUACACGACCGUCGGAAGAAUGUGCCGAUAGAUCGACGACCGACUGACUUCCUGCAUCCGCCGCGACCUUUUCAAAACGCUGAUUGCGAUCGCUCGAUAAACGCGUAUCGCGAGAGCCUCGCGAGCAGACGACACGUCGCAGCCAAGUGACUUAAAGAUAUCUGAAUCUCUUUGAUUAUGAAGUUACUAGCAGGCGUGGAAGAAGUAAAUGACCAAAGCGAGAAGCAAUCGAACGCUGAUGAAUCCCACAACAACAAUCAUGAAAAGCAACCGAAAACUGACGUUACGCAAGAGACUAUCAAAUUGCUUACGGGCGAGGUAUACCGUAGAUCCUCCAAAAAACUGGAAGAUUCGCCCAUUAAAGGUAAAAUUUCGCUCGAGGAUGAAGAAAAAAUGAGGUGCCUUCUUACUUACGAAAAUGCUCCUGAGUAUCUUCAACACAAUCCCUAUAUUCUUCACGGAUAUCGAGGGUAUCUAACAACAAAGCUAUGUAUUGAAAGUAUAUUCUGGUGGACAAAUGAAACAGUCAACAUAUGGAGUCAUAUAUUUGGAUGGAUGUUAUUCUUUGGUCUGACCCUCUAUGACCUGUGUUUGUUAAAUAUUCAUGCACCUUUUGGUGACAAAAUGAUAGUAGCACUUUUAUUGAUAUGUUUCCAGGCUUGUAUGAUAUUGUCUUCCGUAUAUCACACGUUUUCCUGUAGAAGUGAAAAAGAUUACUGGUGCUUUUUAUCGUUCGACCUAUUUGGCAUUGCUUUAAGUCUUUUGUCGAUAUAUAUGUCUGGAGUUUACUAUGCAUUUUGGUGCCACAAGGAAUUGCAAAGGUUUUAUUUAAUUACCGUGUUGGCAAUUUUCAUAUUUGCGAUGAUUUUGCAAAUACCGAAACUGAAUAUCAACGGAAAUGUUAAGCUAGUCGUCUUUGUUGCUUGGGCAGCUUAUGGAGUGUUGCCAACGCUGCAUUGGAGUAUCGCUAUGGGUGGCAUGGAUAACCCGAUCGUUAGAAUGUUACUUCCAAGGGUACUAGGAAUGUAUGUCAUUAGUGGUGCCGCAUUUGCUAUUUAUUUAAGUAAAAUACCGGAACGUUUUUGCCCAGGGUGGGUAGAUUAUAUUGGUUCCUCUCAUCAAUGGUGGCACGCAUUGGUAGUAUUGGCUUUGUAUUAUUGGCACAAUACUGGAAUGCUUUACGUGGAAUACAGAAUGAACCAUGGCUGUCCGAGCAACAUAAAAUUAUUAUGACACACGGAGAUUGACGACCAUUCAGGCCGUGGUUUUAUCAUGGAAUGUGCUUGCGCUAUGGAAUUCAAUGUUUGGUCGUCAGAAUAUUACAACCAACUACCGUUUUACGCUACUGAAAAGAAGAUAACUUGCAGGAUGGAGAAUCCAUUACAAGCGUAUAUUCGUCGACAAACGUUCUAAUACCACAUGUGCAAAAUUCGUAAAAUAUAUUUCAGACAAUGUUAGUAUGAAUCCUCUAACCGUGC